ACGUGGCUGUUGGGCUACGAGCUGACGGACACGGUGAUGCUGUUCUGCGAGAGCCGCCUCCUGUUCCUGGCCAGCCGCAAGAAGGUCGAGUUCCUCAAGCAGGUGGCCCAGGGCAAGGCCGGGGAGGGGCCCAACGGGCUGCCCGCCGUCACCCUGCUCGUCCGGGAGAAGAACGAGAGCAACCAGGCCAACUUCGAGAAGCUGAUCGAGGCGCUGAAGAGCAGCCGGAACGGGCGGCGCCUCGGCGUCUUCUCCAAGGACAACUUCCCGGGGGACUUCCUGCGCGCCUGGAACGAGUGUCUGAGCAAGGAGGGCUUCGAGAAGGUGGACAUCAGUGCCGGGGUGGCCCUGGCCAUGGCGGCCAAGGAGGACGUGGAGCUGUCCCUGAUGCGCCGCGCCGCCGCCAUCACCUCCGAGCUCUUCACCAAGUUCUUCAAGGAACGGGUCAUGGAGAUCGUCGACGCCGACGAGAAGGUCCGUCACAGCAAACUGGCCGAGGCCGUGGAAAAGGCCAUCGAGGAGAAGAAGUUCCUGGGCGGGGCCGACCCGUCGGCCGUGGAGAUGUGCUACCCCCCCAUCAUCCAGAGCGGGGGCAACUACAGCCUCAAGUUCAGCGUUGUCAGCGACAAGUCCCACAUGCACUUCGGGGCCAUCACCUGCUCCAUGGGCAUCCGCUACAAGUCCUACUGCUCCAACCUGGUCCGGACCCUCAUGGUGGAUCCCCCCCAGGAGAUGCAGGACCACUACUCGUUCCUGCUGCAGCUGCAGGAGCUGCUCAUCCGCGAGAUGAGACACGGGGCCAAACUGUGCGACGUCUACGGGGCCGUGAUGGACGUGGUGAAGAAACAGAAACCCGAAUUAUUGCCCAAAAUCACCAAGAAUUUGGGGUUCGCGAUGGGCAUCGAGUUCCGUGAGGGCUCCCUGGUCAUCAACAGCAAGAACCAGCAGCGCCUCCGGAAAGGUCAGAGACCCCAAAACCGCCCCUUUUCCACCCAAAACCCUCCCUCUCCUCCACAAAUAUUUAUCCUCCUUUUCUGCGCCCCACAAUCAACUUUUUCCGCCCCAAAAUCAGGAUUUUCCGCCCCCAAAUCGUCCCUUUCCCGCCCUCAAAUCGACCUUGUCCCAAGAAAAUCAUCAUUUUUGCCAAAAUCCUUGUUUUCCCCCCAAAAAAAUCCUCAUUUGCCCCCCAAAAAAUCCUCAUUUGCCCCCCAAAAAUCCUCGUUUUCCCACAAAAAUCCUCAUUUUCCAGACAAAAAUUGUUUUCCCGCCAAAAUCCUCGUUUUCCCGCCAAAACCUUCAUUUUCCUACCAAAACCCUAAAUUUUCUGCCAAAAAUCAUUUUUCCAACAAAACCCUCAUUUUCCCACCAAAAAUACUCAUUUUCCCACCAAAAUUCUUGUUUUCCUGCCAAA